AUGUACAGUCAAAGAGUUGUAAGAGCGGCUCGCAUUCCCAUAAGAAACUCACUACCAGCAAGAUCCGUACAAUGGCUUCCACAACGUCGAAAGCUUCACCUUGCCCCGCCGUUCUUGUUGGACGACUACAUCCCGAGAUACCACCUCCUCUCCGCCAUUGACGCAUCCAAGAAACGAUCUGCUGCUUAUGCACAUCUAAGGAACUGUAACCUAUGUCCUCGCCUCUGUGGAGUCAAUCGAUACGAUAAGACGGGAACCUGUCUGAUAGGCGCUGAAACAGUCAAGGUCAAUGUCAUCGCCCCUCACUUCGGCGAAGGACACCAUGGCUCCGGUAGCGUCUUCUUUUCUGGGUGCAAUCUUCGAUGCGUAUUUUGCCAGAAUCACGAUAUAGCACACAAACGAAACGGCCAGGACUUGACACCAGAGGAGUUGGGUGAAUGGUACAUCAAACUUCAAAAUGUUGGGAAUGUCCAUAACAUCAAUCUUAUCACGCCAGAGCAUGUUGUCCCCCAGGUCGUCCUUUCGAUUCUACACGCGCGAGAGCUUGGAUUGAAUGUCCCCAUAAUUUAUAAUACGUCAGCUUUCGACUCGCUAGCAUCAAUAGAAUUACUGGAUGGUUUGGUUGACAUUUACCUGCCCGACUUCAAAGUAUGGAAAGGAACCACGUCCAAGCGGUUGCUGAAAGUGGACAAUUAUGCCGAGACAGCUAUGGAGAGCGUGAAGGCGAUGCAUGCCCAAGUUGGAGAUCUGUGUUUCACCCCUGACGGCAUUGCCAAGAAGGGCUUGCUUGUACGGCAUCUCGUUAUGCCGGGGUACGAGUCUGAGGGCCAGGAAAUCAUGAAAUGGAUUGCCAGCAAUGUAUCCAAAGAUGUUUUCGUCAACAUCAUGGAACAAUAUCAUCCUGAUGCUCAUGUUGGUAAGCCAAAACAUCCUCGGAGAUCUGCGGCCACAGAGCCAGGCGGGGACGCAGGUCCCCAAGAGACAGUGAGAUACGAGGAGAUCAACCGGCACGUCACCCAAGAAGAGAUAUCAACAGUACGUCAGGCCGCUGAAAAGGCAGGCCUGUGGAGGUUUUGUGACCCACCGAAGCAUGAUGGUUUCAAUAUAUAA